AUGUGGGGAUUUUCACUCGUUGUUUACCAUAGACUGUUCCAACAAUACACAAGGACAACUGUACAAACACUAUACUUUAAUUCCAUUAGAUUGUCGGAUUUCCAGAGAUUUCCGAGCAGAUUCUACUGGGUUUUGACCACGAACUCGAGGGCCGCGUUCGCCCGCGAGGCAACCUGGGGCGCUGGUCUGAAACACCCACAACUAGCCAGAGUACUAGGUUUGAGUCUACUCGAGCCCCCGUGCGCAGCGCUAGACCGCGGCGAUGCCGUUCACCUGCCUACGAUAUUGAGACUGGACAGGAAGUUGAAUUAUUCGAGUUUGAUUCACAUAUGUUGCCAAAUCGCCGCCGGUAUGAAAUAUCUGGAGUCGUUCGAGUUGGUCCACAGGGACUUGGCGGCUCGAAACGUAACAGUGACUGAAGACUUGAACGUGAAGGUAGCCGAUUACGCUAUGUUCUGUGAAGAAUUCAUAGGUGACUACCAUGUGAUGGCCGACGGAUCUCGCUUACCACUCCGCUGGAUGUCUUGGGAGAGCCUUCUGAUGGGCAUGUAUUCCCCGGCGAGUGAUGUGUGGUCCUUUGGUGUAACAGUAUGGGAAGUUCUAACUUACUGUCUAGUUAAACCAUUUGAAGAAAUGAACGAUGAUCAGUGGCGUUGCGGUGGUCGUAAUGCGUGCGUACCUGCCGCCCCGCCACCGCGCUGCCGACGCGAGUUAUACGACCUCAUGCAUGAGUGCUGGCGCCGGGAGCCCGCUCAGAGACCUCGAUUCCACGACCUGCACCGUUACCUAGACCGCAUGACUCACGGGUACAAACCCCCUAACAAUCGCUAA